UCUCUAAAUAAAAACCCGCUACGAGUUCCCCUUUUUCAGUGUAGUCAAGAUAGUUGCAAAUGGAAAUCCCCCGAUGUGCAGCAUGGAACCGGAGGCGCACAUAAAAAGGGCGUUGCGCCGCCCUCUCCGCACACUUCACUGCUGACUGCGAUCCAGCGAGCGUCGCGAUGGAUGUACACAGAGCUGCCAUGAUGAACUAUGUGGAUUGUGAUGUGGAUGAAAUGGAUACGAAAAACAGGAAAAUGCAACACUGCGAGGAUCGCGUCGACAGCGGCGUGGAUUCUCUAAAGGAAGACGAGUAUAGGAAAAUAGUGGAGGAAAUGGAGACUUUGUCUUUGCCUGGCCCGAGCGUCAAUAAGGGGAUGUGUGAAUCUUGGACAGAAGAUGUCACGGAGGACGGAGACACGUAUCUUCACCUUGCCAUCAUUCAAGAGGCGGAAGAUUAUGCCAUCCAGAUUAUCAAACAGUGUCAGAACGACCCCUUCUUGAACAGACAGAACAACCAAAGAGAGACUGCACUGCAUCUCGCUGUCAUCACAGAUCAGCCGCACAUGGUGGCCAGACUGCUAAAGGCCGGCUGCGAUCCCCGGCUGGUCGAUCAAAGUGGAAACACGGCCCUCCACAUCGCCUGCAAAAGAGGCUCACUAGCUUGCUUCUCAGUGCUGACUCAGACUCAGAUUCAGACCCAGCAUCUGCACUCCAUUCUCAGCUUCCCAAACUACAGCGGACACACGUGUCUCCAUAUAGCAGCCAUUAACAACUACCUCUCAAUGGUGGAGAGUCUGGUCCAGCUUGGGGCAGACGUAAACGCAAAGGAGCAGUGUAGCGGCCGUACGUCACUCCAUUUGGCCGUGGACCUGCAGAACCUGGAUCUGGUGCACACGCUCGUCGCUCUGGGAGCUGAUGUUAACAGUCUAACCUAUGGAGGAUACACGCCGUACCACCUGACCUUCGGCCGACAGAACAGCGAGAUCCAGAGGCAGCUUUACACUCGGACGGCCCAAGAGCUCAGGGCGAUGCCAGAGAGCGAAUCAGAGGAGAGCGAUGAGGAGUGCUUUUCUGAUGACGAUUGUAUGUAUGAUGACAUCCAGUUCUGUGGGAGAUAGUCUGGCCCUCAGGACAACAUUCCCCAUAAUGCAAAGCAGCGAAGGCUGUAGGUGCUCUCAAGGUCUGGGACAGGGUGUGCCAUAUCCCAGGACGUCAAUCCCUUGAUGGGACUCCGCAAAAGUGGAAAAGAGGAGCUGAACCCUUCCCGGGGGCAUGAUAGUGGUGGUGCUGUUAACCAUGGAAAGAACCCCCGAGAUAGCUGGACCAAAACCUUUACCAAUAUUUUUGAAGUCAAAGAGUUGGGAAAAUGUAUAUUUUGUGAAUAUAUAGAGAUAUAUUUUUAUAUUUGUAAAUUUGUGAAAUGAAACACUUGUCAAUAAUGUGUAUAGUCUAUAUAUUACACUGUGAAAAUAUUUUUUACAUUAAAAACAAAAGAAAUGACAUGAA